AUGUUCCCCAACCCCUUCCGCGCCCAGCCACACACCCGCAGGGCCCUCUCAGAUCAGGUCCGCCAGGAAUGGCGCGACUUCGAGACAUGGUUCAAGGCGCAGCAGAGCACGAUGGAGAAAAAAUGCGCAGAGAAAUUCAAGGAGAUGGAUAAAGAUUUCCAUGCCAAGUCAUCCUCAUCCUCCGCACCCACACCCGCACCGGCGUCCAAGAAACGCCUGACAGCUGCCCAAAAGCAGCAACAACAAAAAGAACAGGAAGCGCAGAAGAAGGCGCAGCUUCAGAAACAAAAGGAAGAGCAGAAGGGGCACGAUGAGUCGAAGAAUGCCGUGCGUCUAUCGCUGAGGAAGAGUCUCGUACUGAGCGGCAGGGAGGAGUGGCAGAAGCGUCUCGGAGAGAAGGGGCUGCAGGACGAGGACUGGGUAGACAUGACCGAGGGUGAGCAAAUGGCUGUUCAGCGCCUUCUCGGCGGCGACUUUGACGAGGAGGAAGAGGAGGGCGACGACGAGGACGAUGAGGAAGACUCGUCGCUGCUUCACGCCAUGACGCAAACGCAGAUCCAGUCCCUGCUCAGACAAGCGCCGCUGCCGUCAACGUCUGGCCAGCAGCCUGUAGCCGGGUCUUCCAAACUCCCCACGCCGCAACACCCCCAGCCUUCCCCCCAAUCACUCCAGGCGUCACUAGCCGCAUUGCAGACUUCCGUACCGGCGGCAUCUUCGCUGCCCAGUGCAUCCCGAUCCACCAAUCCCACAUCACUGGCCACUUCACAAUCCACGCCAACCGCUUCGACCAAUCAACCAAACAACGUCGGCGGCUCUUACGCAUUCGUCAACCCCUCAUCAUUCGGCCAUCCACGCGUAUACGAGGAUGAUGAUGACGACGACGGAGGCUCGUCCCCAUUCGAGGAUCUAACAUUCUUCAGCGAGGUGCUCAAACAGCCCGCGUCCUCUAACCCCUUCCCCUCGCACCCCGCCUCCUCUUUCCACUCCGAAUCCUCCUCCCUCAGCGGCUGGUCCACGGAAUUCUCGCUCUCCUCGACCGCCACAUCCACUCAGACAUCGCACACGGGCUCGCCCGAGCAGCCGGCGCCGAAGACCAUCGCGGCGGACCCCAUGCCUGGGGGGUGGAACUUUGCAGGCGGGAAGCUGGAUGCCACGCCGACACAGGCGACGGCGUCGGGGAAGAAGAGCGGGUGGCUCAGCUCGCAGACGCAGACGGCGCAGGCGGGUAGUGCGAAGCAAGCUGGCAAGCAGCCGCAGCGGUCGGUCGAUUCGUCGGCGUCGACCUCGUCGUUGUCUUCUGCAUCAGGCUCGGGCUCGGGCCUGGGAAAUGCGCCUGCGUCCACUAAUCAUAACACGACCACGACCACGUCGCGGUCCCGCGUCGCCGGCCCACCCUACAUCGGGCCCGUCCUCAACACCCAGGAAGACUACAUCACUUAUACCAACACCCAUAAUACCUCCUCCAAUAAUCACCAUAAUCACGGCAAUCAUAAUGGAAAUAAUGCGCAUAGCGGCGGGCCCGUACACGUCGAGCUGACCUCCGAGGAGGCGGACUUUGAGAAUUUCAAGAUGGAUGUGAGGAUACGGAAGAUACAUGAGUUCCACCAGGAGGCGGCGGCGGCGGACGAGGCGCUGAUACGGGAUAUCUUCAGGUCGCGGAAGCUGCAUAAGCUGGGGCUGUAUGAUGAUCAGAUUGAGAUCCCGGGCGCCGGGGGUAGUGGUAGUGGCGUAGGUGGUAAUGGUGGAGGUGGGAGUGGCAAUGGUGCGGGGGGUGAGGGGAAGGGAUCGGAGGACGAGACGGCGCUGCUGAGGCGGGAGCGGGAGAGGAGGUGCUACGAGGAGGAGAACAAGAAGAUUGUGGAGCAUGAGAAGACGAUGGUUCAUUUGAGGAAGCUGAAGGAGGACGAGCGGAAGGAGAUUGUGGAUGAUGAGAGGAGGAAGAGGCGGAAUGCGAUUAAGAGGCGAUCGGUCGUUGGCCCGUCGCAUCCUCAACAGCAACAUCAGCAGGAGAUUGCCAGUGCGAGCAGCGUCAGUGGCCACAUCAAGGCUGCUUCGGCCCCUUCGUCGUCUUCCUCCUCUUCUGCGGCGGCCACGAGCAAGGGUGCUUCGUCUUCGUCAUCGUCGAUGGGGAUGGGGAUGGGGAUGGGAUUCGGUUCGGGGACGAUAAGAGCAAAACCCCAAUCAUCCGCGCCGAUCUCAGCGUCUAUGCUCUUCCCCCCACAGCUCGACUCCGCCUUAUCCACCUCCUCUACAUCGUCGAACGCCUCGUACGCUGCGUCAGCGUUCUUCACACCAUCGUCGUUCACACCGUCGAUCUCGUCCGUGCCUUUGGCAUCGUCCUCUUCCUCAAUGGAGGACAGUGCUGUUGAUGAGUUCGCAUUUGAUGAGGCGAAGAUUGCGAGCAUCCUCGCCGCGCAGGCGCAGAUGGCGCAGAAGUUCGACUCGUGGGCGCCCACUGCCGGGGCUGGAUCCAGCCAGAAUGGGAGUCCCAGAGGGCCAGAGGAGACGCUACCAUCUACGGCUGCCUCAGCACCUGCGUCAUCGGCGACAGGGGUUCUCUCAGGCAAGAACGCGUCAGCAGCAUCGACAGCGUCGUCCUCUUUGGGAGAUGAGAAGAGGUCGGGCAAUGGGAAGGAGAAGGAGGGAACUACCAAGGCUGCUAGUGCACGUGCACCAGCACCAGCAGCCCCCGCGCCAGCCGUAGUAGCGGAACCAGAGCCGAAGCCUGUUGUCAACAACUCGAAGCUCUCGAAGGCGGCGAAGAAGAAGGGGAAGAAGGGCGCAUCAGCCCCCGAACCACCUGCGCCUGCUCCCGUUGCGGCAAAGUCGAACGAGAAGGUCGAUGCGAAGGCGAAAGGGAAGGAGUCUGUGGUCGCGGCGAAGGUCGUGGAGCCUGCGAAGGAUGCGGGGAGUAUAGGAGGUUUUGGGGGGAAGGUGACUGUUUCGAAGGAGGCGCUGCAGCAGGCACCCGUCCCACAGCCGUCAGUCAAGUCCCCAUGGGCGAAGAAAGAGGAGCCGGCGGUUGCUAAGUCGAAGAGUGACGCUGGCGUCCCGGCUGGCAGUGGGUCGCAGCAGCAGUCGAAGGUUCCGGCGCAGAAGGAGCCGGCAGCGGCGCGCUGGAAGUUCUCGCUGUUCGACGACGACGAGCCUAUGACCGCGACGGCGGGUGCGACAUCCUCCAGGACGACGUUGGAUCAGGCGGCCUCGGCGGCUUUGAGUGGGCUGAAGAGCACUUUGUUGCAGCCCCCGACGCAGGGGAUUUGGAUGCCGGGAGGGAACGCGGGCGUGGCUAGGGCGAGCUCCGAUCAGCCCACAGGGGGACUGAAAGCCCCGGAUGUCGCUGGGGUGUUGAGGACGGUGUCCGAUCAGUCGUCUGCGAAGCCGUCGUCAGCGUCGGCACAAGCACAAGCCCACAUGGCGUCCCGUCCAGAGAUAUGGCUUCCACCCAAGGCGAAGCAGACUACGGGGAACAUCGCGCAACCACAGCAGCAGCAAUCACAACAACCUUGGGAUAGGAAGCCGAUGAGCGCCGCAGCGAGGGCUCGUAGGAUGUCUGAGCCCGCUCCCCCAAGCCCUGUCGACCCCGCUUUCUUCGCCGAGCCGUCUGUGGCUAAUGGCACGAGGCGUGCCGCCGAUGCGCAGGGCAGGACCAUCUUGAAGAAGGGUACCAAGGCGUCGAAGAAGUCGGGUGUAAUGGUCGAGGAGGUCUCGGACGAUGAGGAAACGGAAGGUAUGAGUGAGGCGCUCCCCACCGACUCACGGCACAUCAUGGAAGAAAACCCGAACAUCGUUAAACCCAAGCCGAGCGUCCCAAGCAAGAUGUUCGACAACAUCAUCGCGUAUGACGAGGAGGACUACGACUCGGGGUCGACGAUCUCGGGGCCGUCGACGGUUGGGGGCUGGGACUCGCUGGUGGGCGGAAUGGCGGAGAGUAAGUCGACGAAGGCGAAACAUGUGCGGUGGACGCCGAGUGCGCUGGGAAAUGCGAGUCCAAUAUCGUUCAGAGGGGAUGAGGAAGGGCCGGGGAUGAAUAUCGAAGCGUUCUUGCAGGAUGCAGCGUCGGCAUUGCAUCAGGGGAAGGCGGGCGUUCCUCCGACGGGCGGGCGCGGGCGUACCGGGAGCAUGUCGCAGGGUGGGGGGUUCAAGUGGGGGCAAGCCAACAAUAGGGCCGGGGAUGUGGAGGGGAGGACCCCCGGCGCACCAAAACAAGACAACAGCGACGAGUUGGGCUGGUACGCGAUGGAGGCCAUGAAGCAAAUGAGGAGCAAGCCCGCGUCUGCCGUUUGA